UCACUUAUCGAGACGAGGGGGUGCUUAUCAAUUUCUUUUGUAAAGUUUGGGUGCCAACUGGAGCCCACAGUGUGCAAAAAAGUCGUCUCAGACGGCAGAGUUUGUUGCCCGGGAUUCGGUGCAGGCAGGCAGAAAGAUUUUCACAUUUUCAUUUUCACUCCUGCUGGAAAAGAAGUCGGUCGCUACUUUCUUGCUCCUAGUUUUUAUAUAAUUUCCACUUUUUGUCAAUUUCUGUCAAAUAAUUAAUUCGAAACUCGUAAAACUAAGCGAUCCUGGGGAUAAGACUGUUUUUUUUGUGAUAGUUUGAAAAAGAGGGGUGGAUAUUUUUUUAACCCGAACCUUGCUGCAUGGCACGAAGUAAUCAACCUCCUUCGCACAAUGGAAACGAUGAACGUCUAUCGUCGCCUCCUUGAGGCCUCAAGGAUUCGCUAUCUCGAAGAUGGAACACUUCUCAUCGACGAAACACCCGUACAGAGUCAGUUAAUACCGAGAGAGGGCCUGAACGAGGAGAACAUCCUCACCUACGUGUCCCUCGACCUCAUCUCCAUCAUUGCCAGGGUCAAUUCACCGAAAGGGUUUCAACUCGCGGUGGAAACUUUGCUCGAACGAUUGGCCACAUCGGAGGAGGAAAGACAUGACAUUGGCGAGAGGUUUACCCACUACAGCAAAAUGCUGUUUGAUACUUGGACGGGGCUGGCGUCAUGUGGGGAAUGGUCUGCAGAGGGAGUUAAACUAAUGGGACGUCUAAUUACGGAAUUUUGGCACAUUCUGCAUAAUUUGGAGCCCUUAGGUGGAGGAAACCGUGUGAUGCAGUGGCUCCUCAAUAUCCUUUUGGUCAAGGGAGGGAAGACUAAACAGAUUUGUCGCGUCCCCCCGAAACAUUUACUCCUUGUUCAUGAUACAUUCAAUGAGAUCGUGUCCCGUCUGCAUGGGGAAGAUUUGGGGGCGCUUGCGUCCCUCGUACUGAGCGUGGUGGAUACCCUGGGCAGCCAAAAUGCGCUUCUUUUUAAAUUGAUGUGUACCAUGUAUGCGCAUACGAUCUCAGUUUCACAGGAUUUGGAAACAGCAUGUUUUCCGGACUUUGUCGACGUCGUUAUUGGUUGGAUGUUAGACGACGCGUGUUCUGACGACAUGUCGAACUUCUGUUAUACAUUCCUACUAUGCUUGAAAGCACACUUCGUGGAGGACGUUGCCUUCACGAGAACGUUGAUCAAACAAGUGGCGGAGGACAUGGAGACUGAGGCCAUGCUCGGCGUGGAUGUUAACUUUAAACGCGUGAUGCUCCUCAUGAGAGCUUUCACCGCCAUCCUGGACUUGAAAGCGAUUGAGGACAAACCAUUUAUCAAUGAGUUGAGCGAGCAUGUGAUCGGAAUCGGGAUAAACAUCCUCAACAUGAUGGCUGGCCGUGUAGGGACGAUUAAGGUCUGUAACACCGUAGCACACAAAUUGCUACUCGCAACAAAUAAUGUGAUCGCAUUGUCGCCUGGUGUGGAUGGUUGGAACACAAGAAACUUUAUUAAGACUGAAAUUAAGUACAUGCGGAGGGACGAUCACUGGCAAAGAUGGUCCCAUCUCGCCGUGUCCACCAUGUGGGCUGGCAUUUGCGGGUGGUUGGAGGGCGCCAUUUCCACCACACAGCUGCCCGACGACACUUUGGAGAUUGCCAACAAUCUGGUCGAGUUUGUGGAUCAGAUGUCCGAGUCGGUGGGACGGGUGAAGUUGGUCGAGACCUUGCUCAAGACGAGGAACGUGCCCCUCUUGCAGAAAGUGUGGGCCUGGCACAUUGGGAAAUUGGAGCGAGAUGAAGAUGAUGAUGAAGAUGAUGAUCCCAUUUACUUCGUGCUUUCGGGGAUAUCAGAUCUUGCUGUGAAUAAGCGAGGCUCAAUUUUAACGUUAUACGCUUUGGAACCAUCAAUCUUCGACAUGUUAGUUUCCCUCGUGCGCCGAGAGACUCGUGACAUGGAGAAGGUUCGGACCGUCCUCAACCUGCUGGAAGCCCACUGCUUCGCCCACUCUCACUGGGUUGCCAGCCUCUCCAGCUCAGAAUACUCGACAGGGUCGCCGGGUGCCAAAUUCUUCAAGGCUUUGCUCAUAUUCUGGGAGGAGAUUCUCUUCUCUUCCUCCACUUUGUAUACAAUUCAAGAUAAGCGUCGCUUACUCCACUGGAUAAUCAAGUUCCUCAUCGGAUCGAAAACUUACGCUUCCACCGUGUUCACCACGGGACAACAAUUCUUCCAACGUCUGGUCAAUUUCUUAUGCAUCUCGAAUGGGGACCAUCACGGUAACAUUCUGGACGAGUUGUCUGGCAGGGAUGACGUUUCCUUCAGCGGGGAAGGAAGGACACUACCCCCACCCGCAAAUCCCCUCGUGGUCAGAGAAAAGCCGAGAAGAGACGCGACUUAUGGUGGUGGUGGCGAAGAACAGCCUGGUCCCAGCACUCGGGUGCAGCAGCCCACAUUGAACUUGGCGGUGGGACAGGAUUUCAAUACGUCGGGCCUGGUUCCCCCUCAUUUUUUUCAGAAGCAAGUGACCACCCCACCCGAUGAACUCGCUUCUCCCGUGGGAAGACCGACACACGAGCAGGGCUGGGCAGUCCCGGAAAAUUGGCCAUACUUGGAGGAGGCUAAGAUGAUUUUUGAUACUCUGAUGGAGCCAGGGUCGCCGUAUGUCAAAGUGGUCGAUCUUCAACUACUGCUAGUCUCGUUUUGUAAGCUGCACGUAAUGGAGGGUCGCCUCGCGUGGGACGUUCCGCCCGACAUGAAACCCCUGUUGGUCCAGGUCGCUGUACGUGGUGAUGCUCUCGUUGUGUCGAAUUGGGGCCCUCGCGACUUGACGAUGACUCCUUAUCGGAGAGAAAGUCGGCGACGGAGGUGCGAUGAGUGCAACAUCCUUCAAUGGAUGGACAGAACCACUAAUGCUAAGACAGAUGUGGAAGAGGAUUGUCAAAUCUUCUUCAUGCCGACCGACUUCUGUAGUUACUUAUACGGACUGACGACGUCGACGCUGAGGAAGAGAAGGACAAGCAGUGCGUCGCUGGACGAGGGCGACGACGAAAGGAGGGAGAAACUGAGUCUGACCAUUCCCGAGCCUCCAUGGCGCGGACGUGCGGCCGUUGAUUUCGUGAUACAGUCCAAGCUGAAGACGGUGCUGGGAUCGCCGAUUGACUUUUUCAGUCUCGUACAAACAGUGUUUAAGGAGGAAAAGGGGGUCGUGCCCGGGUGGAAGUUCGAUUUUCUAUUCCAACUCGAGCAAGGACUCGAGCUUUGGGGGAACGGGAGUUGUUUCAUGAAUGGCGCGGAGAUGCCGGACGCGAUCCGAGGCUAUUUCAUGGUGAACCGUGGCUCCUGUCUCGAGUGGUUGAAAAGAAUUAGAUGGGACGUGCUCAACUGCGCGGGGGUGUCGGACCAGUGGGAAGAUUCCUUUUUCCACGCUUCCAUGGGGGACGAACGGGCCAAGGGGGAAGUCGCCCUGUUCCAUUUGAAAGACGGUGCCGGUCUGUGUGGGAAAGAGAGCUGGCAGCGCGCAGCCUGGCUCUACAUGCAGGGUCGGUUUGAAGAAGCCAUGAAAAUCUGGGAGGACGAGGCCCACGUGGCGAAUGAAGAGCUCAAAGAAUUGAUUACGACAAGGGCCUCAAGAAUGUUGGAACUCGACUUUGUUCUUCAGCAAGAUCAGCCCCGUCUGCAAGCACCCUUUUUAGACUUUCUCGUGCCGUCAGAAACUGGAAGCAGGAGUUGCUCCAUAACCUUGUUGGACGAGGAGAUAAUCCAUCUCCAAAAGAUGUUCAGGACAAAGGACGAAGGGUUGAGAAAGCUCUACAACGCGUUGGACUUGGACCGAGUGAUGGACAAGAGAGAAGUUUUAGACUUGUGGGUUUUGAUCAAAGCGGCAGAUGCCAUAAGAUUCCUCCCGGGUGUGCCCGUCUUCGAAAAAUGGUUCAUUUGGCUCCGUCUCGGAGAAGAAAUGCUCUCUGCCGGCAAUCUCGUCUGGGUGGAAAAAUUUGUACGCAGUUUGGGCGUGGAAGUCAAGGCUGAAGAUCUAAACUCUGGGGCAAACAUGGUGAUUCCGGACAAUUUAGAUUUUGAAAAGCAAGCCCGUCCUUUGGGUCAGUUAGUGGCGAAGCUGCUCUUCCGACACGGCUGCGUCGAUGAGGCCAUGCAAGUUUAUAAAGACCUCCUCCUGCGAGACCCCGAGAGAGAGAACAUAAUAACUAAAGUUACGAAGGAAGACGAUGUUCCAAUCGUGACCACCGGUGUGCUGGAUUUGCUGUUGGAGAUUGGACGAAACUUGGGACCCCAUCCGGACCACUUGAACGAGUUAAUGGAGCAAAUGGGGUGGAAGAGUGGGGUUGGGGAGAAAGAUGUCAGAUCGCCGUUGGUACGACACUUGAACCGCAUUCUGGAGCAGCAUGGUGACCAUCCAGAGGCAUGGUUGGAGUUAGGAAAUGCUUUUUAUGACCAAGAAGUUUCCACCCGACGUACGAAUGGUUGUGCCGGACCGUCCCCAAAGCGAGCUUUAAACGCUUAUUCUAACUACUUACGUUUCAGUCCACGCGGUUUGGAGCUGAGCCCGGUGACUCGCGAUGGGCUUCUGGUCAAAACCAUUUGUCGCGUGAUUUCUCUCAUCAAGCUUGGUCUCGGAAUGGAGAGGGUAGAAACACUGCUCGAAUGUGAUCUUCGAGAAAUUCUCAAGCAUCCGCGGUGGCUAGAUUUUCUUCCGGCCAUUGUUCAAGUCCCCGUGUUAAGGGAAGCCAUGCUGGAUAAGUUUCCGGAAAAGACUGCCAUGUACUUGUGGGCGCAUGACUCGUCAAGAUCCGAGGGAGAAGCCAGCUUCGCGUCGAUGGGACGGAAAGGACUUUUCGACCUUUCCAGUUACGGCGUGGUCGACGUCAAUGAGGAGCCGUACUAUCCCCCUCUUCCACUUAUCAUGCACCCUCCCUGCUGCCCCGAUAAGCAGGCUGGGUACCCCGUUCGUCAAUACGUGACUCGAUCCCACCUUGGGAUAUCCACCCAUGUCGACACCCUGGCCAGGGAACUCCUCCGACUCGGCACCUCGGCCGAAGAGCUCUGGUCCAACGCGAUGCAAAGGAUCCUGAACGACUGGCAUCGACGGAUUAACAUGUUAAAGAAGGACAUGGUCCGGGACCCUGACCCCCGCAAGGUUACGGCCUACAUUGACCCGAUUGUAACCUAUUUGGAAGACAUGUGGCGCCAUAUCACCGACACGGCUUGCUCCCCCGCCCAGUCAGCCUUCGUGCUCAAGAACCACGUCAUCAUUUCGGGGCUGGUUGUCUCCCUGAGAAUCUGCACCAGUGUGGAUGGUCUGCUUCGGAGCUUCACCAAGUUGUUGGAACACUGUGACACCUUCCAGUCCAGCGUCCCGAUGAGGAGUCAGCUCGAUUAUCUUUCCCCAAAAUUGGCCGCCUUUCAGGAGUGGGGCACUCUUUCAACCGUAACUCUACUGGGAAUGCCUGGUUGCGUUCAUAUCGCGGGCAUUUACCCCGUCGUGUUCUCCCUGCCGACGAAAACACGGCCAAAGAAGGUCCGUUUCUUCGCCUCAAAUGGGAAAAGUUACGAGUAUCUUGUCAAAGGGAACGAGAACUUGAACGUGGAUUCCAGCAUGAUGCAGUUACUCACUUUGAGCCAGUCGUUCCUAAAAGAGCCCGUUUGGACGUAUGCAGUCACGCCGUUAGGAAACCGAGGCGGCUUGAUCCAAAUGGUUCAGCGCGCCACACCAGUCUUCCAACUGUACAAGCGGCAUUUGAACCGAACGAUGCCGGGAGAGCGGACUUCCGAGAUGUUCUGGAAGAAGAUGGCAUCCUACGGGGUGGUUGGACGGGAUCGCACAAACGUUGACGCCUUUACCCUGAAACAAGUCUACCACUCGUUGGCCAACUCGGCUCCAAAAGAUCUAAUCUCGAGAGAAAUGUUUUUCGGUGCGCCGAGUGCCAAGGGAUGGUUCAAGGCGGUCAAAGGCUUCACGCGAGACUCUGGAAUCUCCGCGUCCAUCGGGUAUCUCAUGGGGAUCGGGGAUCGCCACUUGGAUAAUAUUUUGGUCGACGUGGAAGACGGGAAGUUGGUGCAUGUUGAUUUUAGCUUAGUAUUUGGUCGAGGUGCCAAGCUCCGCGUGCCGGAAGUGGUGCCGUUCAGGAUGACACAAAAUUUUGAGACGGCCUUGCAAUACCCGGGAGUUGGGGGUGCGUUCUCCAACCGGGUAGAAAUGACGAUCUCUGCCUUUCAGGAAAACAAGGAGCUGGCAAAGUUUUGCGCAAGGAGCAUUGCCUUCGCGUCCCAGAUUGAGGAGGACUUUGUCAUCGAUCCCACCAAACUUCGCACGAUUGAAGUCAUCUCUGCCAUAAGCAUAUUUAAAAUGCGGUACAUACCGAUGAUCCAGAAUAUUAGGAGUUCUCGGACUGAAAUUGCCAAAGUGCUCCUUGAACUAAGCCAAGUACAGUACGCCAUAAAACAGCAGACCGAACUCGUCGCGUUGUACUCCAACUCGGUGGAGCAACUCACCGUGACGAUGGGGCACAUCAAAAAUGCCGAAUAUGACCCCGCUCUAUUAAAAGAACUGCACACUCGCAUCGUCCUCAUGGCCGCUCCGUCCAUGGAGUGUGUCCAAGAACAGGUCCUCUUCCGGUUGACGAGUCAAUGCAGAGAGUCUCCUCGUUCCGGGAACGUUGCAGGGGAUCCAGUCGUAUGGCUGAGUCGGGUCGGCGACCUCCUCACGCACGACCUCCAGACCACCGUGAAAAACAAAUUUGACGAAUCUACCCGGCUCAACGUCUCGAAAAGAGAACUACUCGAUAAGAAGGCAGCGUUGAAAAGAAGGCUAAACAAGAUGCGUCGUAUCGUCGCAAAUCUGGAUCCGCUCCUGGUCUUUGCUGCCGGUCAGUUGGGAGGAAACGGGGGUAGCAGUGGGUUUUGGGGACCGUUUAAAGCCCUCGUGGAGGACAAAUGGAUCGGAGACGUUGCCCAUAUCUGGCUCCACACCCACAUGGACGUCAUUCCCGUGGGGGAAGACUUACUCGUGGCGGUGGAAGUGGCUGAACUGACCCUAGUCGAAAUAUUCCUCUCCGUUGAAAACGUUCCCGUUGUAACGAUGGACGACUUGGUGGGUAUCGACGGGAACUUGGAGUAUAUCAAUAUGGCCCGUGUCGACUCUUUGAUCGGUUAUGUGGCCGACAAGGUGGAGGGUUUUAACGUGAAAAGCUCGGUCGAAGUUUUGGUCCGGGAUGCGAGCAAUGAUGUCAACCUGAGUAAAAUGUUUGAGGGAUGGACACCCUGGAUUUAGUCAAAUCUUCUCCCCCUAGUCGUCCUCACUUCAGGAAGAGUUACCAAACUUAUUUCACUCCACAAAACUCGAACAACGAACAAGAACAGAAAAUCUGCAAUCAAUACUUCUCUACAUUUUUGUCCAUUACAAAUAAUAUCUCAAAACACAAAACGAAUGGUGCCUAUCUUUUAUAUCUUAUCAUCAUCCCCCCAUAGUUUUUAUCACCUCGAAAGUAUUACUUUUACUACUACAAGAAAUCAACUAAAACUUUUUAAUUUUAUACACAAAUUUUAUCAGUCAUGAAAAAUGAAUGAAAUAUUUAUCCAGAAAACGAAAA